AUGUUGGAGUUUAUGGAUUAUGUGCAAUUUGCAUUUUAUAAUGCAACGAAAUGGAAUUACGAGAAUUCGUACUCACAGUUGACUGCUACUGCGAAAGGACUUCUUGAUUUUGAAACUCCAGGCGGUCUCCGAUUCAAUCUUUCAUCCCUCAGUUCUCCCAACUUUGCGACUUCGUAUGCGCUAGGUAGCGUAGGGCUUGUCGAUGGAUCUCUCUCCUACCUCUAUUCCACACUACCCCUUCGCACGACUUCGCAGAGUGCAAAGAUCGAUUUGCAUGAAAUAAUACGUGGGUAUCGACAAAUUCAAGAACUAAGGAGCGUCGACGAAUCAUGGAUGUGGGAGCAAUGGCACGGGGGAAGAAGAGUUGAUAAACGGGAUACGUUACUUUAUGGACGGCUUUACUUGCCGCAGAGUACGCUUGAGGCGUUGUAUUUAAGGAGGAUUAGUCCAACGCAGCAGGUGAGGAUAACGGCUGUUAGUGACAGUAGGCUGAGGAAUGGGGGAACGAUGUUGGCGUUGCAUCAGUAUGACACGGGGAAAUAUAGCACGGAGACGUUGUAUUCGACUGAUGGGGGGUUAUUGGGGUUGAGGGGAUUAUAUAAUUUUGGACCGGAUCCAAGGAAAGAGGUCACGGAACCGCCUAAACAAAUGUCGAGGAUUGAUGAUAAGUUUUAUGGACGAUUUAGUGCCGGGGCGGAACUUUAUUAUGGGACUUUGAAUAAAUCUGGGGGAGUUAGUGUUGGGGGGAGGUUUGCGACGUUACCGGCGCACAAGGGAAUUCCGUUGACAGCGACGUUGACGCUUAAUCCGUUGAUGGGAAAUAUCAGUUCGACGUAUGCUGUGAAGGCAGGCAAAAACUUGUCUCUAUGUUCCAGGCUAGACUUCAAUGUCUAUAGUUACGAGAGUGACCUGGUAAUUGGGUGUGAAUUGUGGAAGAUGAAAGCACCGGUCGAGGAGCGCAGAGUAAGGAGUAUGGAAGCAAAGCUUGCAUGGAAACUCGAUGAAGUGGACUUGGAAAAGGAAAAGAAACCUGAAGAGGUUGCGGGAGUAUUGAAAGCAAGGAUUGAUCAGAACUUGAAGGUGGGAUUAGUGUGGGAGGGGAGAGUGAAGGAAUUGUUGUUCACUCUUGGUACUUCGAUUGAUAUGAACAGGAGAGAUCAACCAUUUAGGGCUCUGGGACUGGAAUUGCAAUAUUCUUCGUGA